AUGGAAGCAGCAAAAGCCGAGUCUCCUCCUCCUCCUCCUCUUCUAGUGGAGGUGUCGGUAGAGGCGCUGAGGCUCCUCUCAAGAUGGUAUCUUUCCCUAUCCACCCUCUCCUCCCACCCUCUGUUCGCAGUCCUCGCCGCCGCUUCCAUCCUUGCCUUCCUCUACCUCCCCCGCACGCUCCUCCCCCUCCUCCUCUCCCCCAUUCCCAUCUCCACCUUCCUCCUCCUCGCCGCCCUCUUCCGCCUCCGCUCCCCGCCGCCCAACUCCCUCGCUGCCGCGGCCGCCGUCGAGGAGGAGGUAACCCCAGUUCUCUCGGAACCCAAGCCCGAGGCCAAGGUGGUGGAAUCCACCGAUUACCAUCAAAAUGUGAUCUUUCGCGAUGCUUUCGCCGACUGCCUCCGCUGGAGCGGACCGCUCGAGGUCAUAUACGAAGACUACGAGGGGGAGGAAGAGAACGAGGAGUCCCGCUGCAGAGGACGCUCGCAGGAACAACACUCGAAGUGGGCCCAAAAUGAAAAUUUGGGAAGCGGGCGACUGUGGCCACUCCGGUUCGCGUGCGACGAUUCCGAUACCGACAGCGAGGGCGGCUCCCCGGCUGCGUCGGGGUCGAGCUCGCCGGCGGAGCCCCGGCUCCCGUGGGAGGACGAAGAGCAAGGGGACGACAUGAUCGAGAUCGAUCUCGAGGAGGAGAACCUCAUCGAAAUUGAUAUCUCUGGCGGUCGGUGA